CACAGAGGUCUGCCCAUGGCUCCUUACCACAUCCGCAAAUACCAGGAGAGCGACUGCAAAGGGAUCCCGGACCUUUUCUCCACGGGACUGACUGAGCACGUCCCCAUCACCUUUUGCCACUUGCUGAGGCUGCCCCAAAUGCUUGUGCUAUUACUCAAAGGGUCCCAAGUCCUAUUCCUGUUCUCUGGCUCCUGCCUCCUGGCCUUCAUGGCGAGCCUUGCCCUUCUCACUCUCCUGAAGUUCUUUACCAAAUAUCCCUGGGCCAAGUAUGAAGUCAGAGCUUUGAACACAGACAUGUCUGACAUCACCAAAACCUACCUCAGUGAGCAGUGUUCCUACUUCCGGGUUGCUGAGUGUGAGGAGCAGGUGGUGGGCAUGGUGGGAUGUCUGCCAGCUGAGGAUAUAACCUUGUGGAGGAAGCAGUAGGAGCUAUUCCACCUCUGUGUGGCCUUUGAGCACUGUGGUCAGGGGAUGGUGAAAGCCCUGAUCAGGACUGUCCUCCAGUUUGCCUGGGACCAGGGCUACAGUGAGAUCGUUCUGGUUACCACUGCACUGCAGUACUCUGGUGCCCUUGGCCUUUAUUAGAGCCUCAGAUUCCAGAAGAUGCAUGAGUUUUUCUUUUCAAUGAGUUUUAGGAUUAUCGCUAUUCCUGGAAUUUGUUUUAACUACCACCUUCCCUCUGCUCAGAUCUGUCAAGCACUGCAGCAGGAAGGGAGCUUGUGGUAUGAUUCUUUGUGGUAA